AUUGAAUUUUGAGCUUUUAAUUCAUAUUUUCUUUAGUUUUUCUGUUUGGUUCCUCAUGAAAUUUGGGGAUAUUGCAUCACGAGCUCUUGGAUAUGUAACAUGGUUCUCACAUUGUGCUAUUGUUAAUCCCAGGGAGAAUGCCAUUGUCCUGGAGGAGAAGGAGAAGAGGGAAAAGGAACUAUUAAGCCAAAUAAUUGAAGCAGCAGAGCAUUACAAAGUUGAGUUUCAUAAAAAGAGGGAGAUAACCUGUGAGAACAACAAAGUCAGUAACAGGGAAAAGGAGAAGGUAUUUGUAGCCAACCUUGAGGAGUUCCAUGUCGAGGCUGAUAAGGAUUACUGGAAAUCAAUUGUGGAGCUUAUUCCUAAAGAGGUACCAGCAAUAGAGAAGAAGAGAGGGAAGAAGGAUCACGAGAAGAAACCGUCCAUUGUUGUGGUUCAAGGCCCCAAGCCUGGGAAGCCAACCGAUCUUACAAGGAUGCGGCAGAUACUCUUGAAACUGAAGCAGAACACACCUCCCCACCUGAUGCAGUCUCCACCACCAGCACCAGAAGCCGCAAAAGAUGCUAAAACAAGUACAGCUUCUGCUUCUCCGGCUGCCCCUGUCACAACCACUCCUGAGGCAGUAGUUGCUGCUUAGCUUAAUUUUGAUAUCUGUGUUCUUUUUGAGUCAAGGGAGUAUGUGCAAGAUAGAAUUAGAACCGUCAUGAUAUUCAGUCAUUUGUCUGCCUCAGAAUUAGUGUAUGAAGUUAUGAAUUGCUAUAUCCUUUGUAGUACUCUCAUUGGUUAAUACAUUCACUUACAGACU